UACUUGCGUCCAUCUUUACUACCAUCAUUCUCUUUUGUUUUUUCAUUAUCAUUUCUUUAUAUUGUCGUAUAUUUAAAAUAUAUUAUAUGUGUGUGUGCAAGUGAAUUAAAGAAGCCAUAUAUAGAAGAAUUAUAUAUGGCUUCCAAAUUCCACCAUCUCCUUCUCCUUCUCCUCUAUAUAUAUCUCAGUUUCUUUCAUACACGUCCUCUGGUUCCACAUCAUAUUCUCUCUAUAUAUCUACUUUCUCCUUGUUUACUCUUCUUCUACACACACACACACGCAACCGCAUAUAUAUGUACAUGUGAAGUAGUGAAAUCAAACAAGUUACCAAUGAAUCUACCGCCGGGAUUUAGGUUUUUUCCGACGGACGAAGAGCUCGUCGUUCACUUCCUCCACCGCAAAGCUUCACUCUUGCCUUGUCACCCUGACGUCAUCCCCGACCUCGCUCUUUACCCUUACGAUCCUUGGGACCUCCCAGAGAAAGCUUUGGGAGAAGGGAGGCAAUGGUACUUCUAUAGUAGAAAGACGCAAGACAGAGUGACGAAUAAUGGUUAUUGGGGAUCAAUGGGAAUGGACGAGACAAUCUUCACAAGCUCCACACGCAAGAAAGUGGGUAUCAAAAAGUAUCUAACUUUCUAUCUCGGAGAUUCUCAGACUAACUGGGUCAUGCAAGAAUAUUCUCUCCCAGAUUCCUCUUCUUCAUCUAGUCGAUCUUCAAAGAGAUCAAGCCGUGGUUCUACUAGUUCCAGUCAUAAACCCGAUUAUAGCAAGUGGGUGAUAUGCAGAGUAUAUGAACAAAAUUGCAGUGAGGAAGAGGAUGAAGAUGGGACAGAACUCUCAUGUUUGGAUGAAGUGUUUUUGUCUUUAGAUGAUCUUGACGAAGUAAGCUUACCGUAAUAAAGACAGAAGCACCCAAAAAAGAAAAG